AUGACAAACCACGCCCUGGUAUUCGGCGCCUCUGGCAUCACAGGCUGGGCCAUUACAAACCUCAUCCUCAAUGGUUAUCCGACACCCGACACCUUCGCCUCAGUCACGGCCCUCACCAACCGACCGCUCACCCGCGAAGCAGCGCAAUGGCCGGCCUCACCGAAGCUGGACAUUGUGUCGGGCGUCGAUAUUAUGACCGAUGCCGGCCAGGAUGGAUUUGAGAAGGAGCUCCUCGCGCGGGUGAAGCACAUGAAGGAGGUCACGCACGUGUACUUCUUCGCAUACAUCAUGGACCCGGACGGCGAGAGGGAGAGCCGCGUGAACAAGGAGCUACUCUCGCGCGCCGUCCAAGCAGCGGAGAAGCUGGCGCCCAACCUGCAGUUCGUCGUGCUGCCCACGGGCACCAAGACGUACGGCGUCCACCUGUUAGACCAGUUCCCCUUCAGCAACGACCUGCCUCUGAAGGAGUCCCUGCCCCCCGUGCCCGAGCCGUUCAAGAGCCAGCUCUUCUACUAUGCCCAGUGCGACGAGCUGGAGGAGCUGUCGCGCGGGAAGAAAUGGACAUAUGCAGACGUCAUCCCCGAUGUCAUUGUUGGGUUCGUGCCGCAGAACAAUGUGUACUCGCUCGCGCAGUGGCUCGGGCUGUAUCUCUCCCUCCACAGGCACAUCCACGGCGAAGGCUCCGCUGUGCAGUUCCCAGGCUCGGAAAAGUCGUACCACAUUCUCUGCAACGACUCGUCGCAGGAUAUUGUCGCCAAGACGAGCAUCGUCGCCAGUCUGAGGCCGGAGAAGAGCGGGGGACAGCGCUACAACGCGGCGGACAGCGCCAAGCCAUCGAGCUGGAGCAAAAAGUGGCCGAUCAUCUGCGAGUACUUUGGUCUCAAGGGCGUCGGGCCUCCUCAGGGCGGUACAGGACCCGACCCAGCGGCGUUUUUGUCAGAGAAUGUCGACAGGUGGCGCGAGGUCGAGCAGAAGCAUGGCCUCGUCACGGGACGCGUCGGCAACGAGCGUUCGUUCUCGGGUUUCCCUCUUUUCAUCAUGCGCAUGUUCGAUUUCGACCGUCAGCUUGACCUGACCAAGCAGCACGACAUGAUGGGUGAUCUGAAGGAAGAGGUGGACACAAAGGCCGCGUGGUACACGGCCUUUGACCGGUACCGGCAGGCCAAGAUCAUCCCGCAUGAACCCCAGAUUGACGGGACCUCUUCGUCCUCGUUGUCAUCACCUUCUUUGCAACGGACGCUGCAAGCCGGCUCGUCGGGGGCGUGUCCGCCAUCGUCCCCUCUGGCGUGUGAGGGCACAAAGGCCGGGAUCAUCGGCCAAUUCUGGGACUCCUACUUCCCCAACUCGACCGCCUUUCCCAGAGGCUUGUUCGCCUUCACUUUUGGCGGCUCGCUGGACGCCAUCCAGACACAUACGGCACAGAGCCCUGCCUUGGCCAAGCAGAUGCUGGCCGUAGCCCUGGCCACCGCGAACCGAUCACCGACAGGCAAGCCCUGGAUGAUGCGCGAAAGUCGCAGGCUGUACGCGGACGCACUGCGCAUGGCGGCGAAGGACAUAUUCGCCAAGACACCAGAUAUGGAGCGGCAGCUCGUGGCCAGCCGACUCUUCAGCCUCUAUGAAUCCUUCUUCGGACGGGGCCAGCAGGCUCACGAAGCACAGGCCCGUUCGUGGCUUCUGCACAGCAAUGGAGAGACAGCCAUCGUCACAAGCAACUCGCCUGCCACCUACGCCACAGGCAGAGCACAUCGGCUGUUCCUCGCAGGGCGUCAUCAGAUCAUCAUGACAGCCCUGCUGCAAGAGAGGCGGACGUUCCUGUCGAACCCGAUAUGGAAGACAGCCCCGUGGACGUACUAUCCCAAGACGCCGCGCGAUCAUCUGCUGGAUCUCUUUGUCGAUAUCCCAAGUGUCCUGGAGGGCAUCAAGGCCAUGAAGGCCUGGGAGUCUGAGGCAAAGAAGACCGAGUAUAGACACCUACUGGGAAGGGCCGUGAACGAUGUAAACACCCGUCUACUUGCCUGGCACAAGCAAUACGCGUUCCCAAUCGUCCCGGCAGAUCUAGCGGAAGAGCUCCCCGAGCGGGUGACGGCAGAUCUACUCGCUGCCGCCCACGUUAUGACGCUGUACCACUGCCUAACCUUGCGUUGCAACGCGCUGCAUCAGAACCUCAGCGGGGCGGCCGACCCGAGGCUCGACGACGACCACGAGCUCUACGAGCUGACGCGCGCCAGCAGGCUGUUUGGACACCCAGACGCUGGUCUCUUCCGGCAUCACAUUGCCACGUUCCCGCUGAUCACGGGACUGUUGCACAUAGAGGCCCGGGGCGAGGGCGCGUAUGCGGCCGAAAGGGCAACCCUCGAUUCCGUAUUGAACAGCGGCUACUUUGAGUCGCUCAAGGACUUUCUCGUGAGCAUGAUGCCCAUCCAGCCCACGAGUAUGCUUAAUCUCGGCGCACGGUGCACGGCCCAAAAAGGGGACCAAGGCCCGGAUACAUAG